CUCAACGAGCGUGGCAGCAACGGGAGCGCCCAGGAGCGCAGUGAGCCCCGCCCGCGCCCGCCGCUGAGGAGGAGGAGGAUGAAGAUGACCGUGGACUUCGAGGAGUGUCUGAAGGACUCGCCGCGCUUCAGGGCUGCUUUAGAAGAAGUGGAAGGAGAUGUGACGGAAUUAGAACUGAAACUCGAUAAGUUAGUGAAGCUCUGUAUUGCAAUGAUUGAUACUGGCAAAGCUUUCUGUGCUGCCAACAAUCAGUUCAUGAAUGGGAUUCGAGACCUUGCACAGUAUUCCAGUAAGGAUGUACUAGUUGAGAACAGCCUGAUGAAGUUUUCUGAGACCCUACAGGAAAUGACCAAUUAUCACACAACUCUGUUUGAUCAAACCCAAAGAUCAAUUAAAGCACAACUUCAGACAUUUGUUAAAGAAGAUAUUAGAAAAUUUAAGGAUGCAAAGAAGCAAUUUGAAAAAGUCAGUGAAGAAAAAGAGAACGCAUUAGUAAAAAAUGCCCAAGUUCAGAGAAACAAGCAACAUGAAGUAGAAGAGGCAACUAAUAUUCUGACUGCAACACGGAAGUGCUUUCGGCACAUAGCUCUGGAUUAUGUGCUUCAGAUGAAUGUUCUUCAAUCUAAAAGAAGAUCAGAGAUCUUAAAAUCGAUGUUGUCCUUCAUGUAUGCCCAUCUGACUUUCUUCCACCAAGGCUAUGAUCUCUUCAGUGAACUGGGGCCCUACAUGAAAGAUCUUGGAGCCCAGCUGGAUCGCUUGGCUGUAGAUGCUGCAAAGGAGAAGAGAGAUAUGGAACAAAAACACUCCACUAUUCAGCAAAAGGAUUUCUCCAGUGAUGACACUAAGCUAGAAUACAAUGUAGAUGCAGCCAAUGGCAUUGUUAUGGAGGGAUAUCUCUUUAAGCGAGCCAGCAAUGCCUUCAAGACUUGGAACAGGCGCUGGUUCUCAAUACAAAAUAAUCAGCUUGUGUACCAGAAAAAAUUCAAGGAUAAUCCUACAGUAGUUGUUGAAGACCUGCGGCUUUGUACCGUUAAGCACUGUGAAGACAUAGAAAGACGUUUCUGUUUUGAGGUGGUCUCCCCAACAAAAAGCUGCAUGCUCCAGGCUGACUCUGAAAAGCUGCGGCAAGCGUGGAUUAAGGCUGUUCAGACCAGUAUUGCUACAGCGUAUAGAGAGAAAGGAGAUGAAUCCGAGAAACAGGAGAAGAAAUGUUUCCCUUCUGCUGGGAGCCUAGAGCCUGGCAGUGAGUCUAAGGAGAAGCUGUUAAAAGGAGAGAGUGCUCUGCAGCGGGUACAGUGUAUUGCUGGCAAUGCCUCCUGCUGCGACUGCGGCCUGGCUGACCCACGCUGGGCCAGCAUCAACCUAGGAAUCACGCUGUGCAUUGAGUGUUCAGGGAUACACAGGAGUCUAGGAGUCCACUUUUCGAAAGUUAGAUCGUUAACACUGGAUACAUGGGAGCCAGAGCUUCUAAAGCUUAUGUGUGAAUUAGGGAAUGAUGUUAUAAAUAGAAUAUAUGAAGCAAAAGUGGAAAAAAUGGGAGUAAAGAAACCACAACCUUCAAGCCAAAGGCAGGAGAAGGAGGCGUAUAUCCGAGCGAAAUACGUGGAGAGAAAGUUUGUGGCUAGACAUCUGGCAUCAGUGUCUCUUCCUGAGGAUGGAGCGAGUGCUGUGCCGCAGCACCAGGAGGAGAAAAGGCACAGCAGCUCUGAGAGAUCCCCUCAGGCAGACAAACAUGGUGCCACGUCUCCUAAAGUAAGAAGCAAUGACAGUGGGAUCCAGCAGAGUGCUGAUGACAGUAGAGAGCACCUCGCGUCCACCAUAUCUGCUAACAGCUUGUAUGAGCCAGAAGGAGAAAAGCAAGAUGCUUCUGUGGUCUGCAGUUCUAAGCAGCUGCAUCCUGGAUUGCAGCUUUAUCAUGCUGCCUACAAGAAGAACCUUCCUGACAUGGCAGAGGCAUUGGCCCAUGGGGCUGAAGUAAACUGGGUCAAUAUAGCAGAAAACAAAAGCACCCCAUUGAUUCAGGCAGUGCUAGGGGGCUCAUUAGUUACCUGUGAGUUCUUGCUGCAGAAUGGUGCCAAUGUGAACCACAGGGAUGUGAAAGGAAGAGGACCGCUGCAUCAUGCCACAGUCUUGGGACACACUGGGCAAGUGUGUUUAUUUCUGAAACGAGGCGCAAACCAGCAUGCCACAGAUGAGGAAGGGAAAGACCCCUUGAGUAUAGCUGUAGAGGCUGCAAAUGCAGAUAUAGUAACAUUGUUACGUUUAGCAAGAAUGAAUGAAGAAAUGCGUGAAUCGGAAGGACUUUAUGGACAGCCAGGAGAUGAAAUUUAUCAGGACAUUUUCCGUGACUUUUCCCAAAUGGCCUCCAAUAAUCCAGAGAAGCUAAACCGUUUCCAGCAAUCAGAUUCACAGAAGUCUUGAAUGUCACAGCAGGAAAAGAACUAAACCUGAUCACUCGUUCUCUUAUAUGUAUAGUGCAAGUCUUUUUAAACAGCUUUAACUAUAUGCAUUUUUUUAGUAGUCAGUAGUCUAGAUAAAAUGACCACUCUGAUGUGGCCUGCGGUAGUGGCAGGUAUGGGGAGGGGUGAAGGAUUGCUGACGCUGCUGUCCCCGUAAAGCACUUGCCUCUGGAAGGCAAGGGCCAACUUACCCGUCCCAUCCCUGAUUUGUGGUUGUGGGGAGAGAAACCUGGCAAUCUUUUCCUGAGCAUCCUCUCUCUACAUCUGCCAGUGAUAGAAAAUAUCCUCUGCUCCCCUUGCCAACAGUGCUCACAGACAUGUGUUGCUAACAGCAGAUAAUGAGAGUUGAUGCAAGUUCUGUCACCGCUUAACCUUCCCGCUAAUGCAGGCCACUGGCGGUGACUGCUGGUCAGUCACUCCGCGGGUGAAUGUAUGAUCUGGAGGACCAGACGUUGCAUGGAACAGCCGCAGCCAGGAAGGCUGCCUUUCACCAAGCAGCUCUUGAUAUUGCUCCCAGUUCAGACUAGUUUGAA